AACCAGCUUUGUGUAGAGGAGUUCCCUUUUUCUUUCUUUCUUUCUUUUUGGCUCCACAGCUCUCCCCAUUGUAAUUUUUUUCUUUCCAAACUAAUCCUUUCAAUCAAAAAUUAUGGGAGGCUGUGCGAGCAAACCUAAGGAAUCUGACAUCAUCGAAGGCUCUGUCCCGACCGAAAAUGCUGUUGUUGAGUCCAAGAAUGCCACGAUCGAUACAGACUCCACACUAACUCAGGAGAAGAAGGAAGAGUCCAGUGAAGAGACAAAGAAGGACGGUGAGACAAAAGAGGACUCCUCUGAGGCAACCAAGGCUGAGCCAACUCCAGAAGCUGUGAAGGCAGAAGAGAAAGCAUCUUCAGAGACUGAGCCACCAGCACAAGAGACGACCACACCUGCUGCCAAAACCGAUGAGGCCCCUCUCGUGAUCCUUUGAUAUUUUCAUUUCCAAAUCUCAAAAUCAUGUGUAUCUAUGUGCAAGUGCAAGUGUUUCUCACCUUGUAGUUCAUAUGUUCAUCUCUGUUCUAUUGUCUACUUUUUUGUUGUGUCUUCCUCUAGUAAAAUCUGCUUAUGAAA